AUGCGCUAUGAAAAUUGGGACAUCCUCCUCUUCCCGGAGGGCUCCAAAAUCCGCGUCCAGGAAUUCAAAACACAAUGCUUCGUCUCCAAGGACACCGACUCGCCUUAUCUCCAGAACCCUACCAUCCUCGGUCCAAACACCUACUUUCGCGUCCAGGGCAGUUAUGGGCAGAUUCCCAUUCUGACCUCUUUCAUCCCCAGUCUGGCUCGUGAUAGUCCCUUUCGCGUCUCGAUUCAUAGCUGGGAUAAACCCCGGCCUAGUCGGCUGAUCGAGAGUAUGAUGCAGCCGGAUGAUGUGCUGUUGUAUGAGGCGAGAGUUUUCAUUGAUGGGGCUUGUGUUGCUGCGGGUGUUUUUGGGCAGAGGUCGGUUUGGCCGUAUGUCAUUGAUCUGAGCUCUCAUAUCGAUCGCGAGGGGUGCCAGGACUUCUUGCGCUUCCCUCCGUUCCACGCCGAGAUUCUGGAGCAGCGGCACUGGGAUGCUGCGGAUACACUGGGCCGAAUCAGGGUAGUGCUUGCGGAGGGCUUUUCUCGUCCAAAUCGUUCGCCGCCGUUCGAGAGAGUCAAGGAUGUCAUUGUCUUCUCUUUCCAGCACGCUCCUCAGCACAUUUUGGAGUUUUCCCAAAUCGCAUGGCCCAACCCUCACAUGUGGUCCCAGGUUCCGCCUCGCACUGUAUACAAAGUCGAUCAGAACAGUUUUGUCGACGUGAGGGAGCCAGAAGACGCACAUGCCCAUUCGCCCCGAAAGCCUGAGCUACGCAUGCCCGUGGGCUCCAUGGUAUCGAUGGCAUCAGCCAGCCAGUCCAGCAGCAGCCAAGCACCCAUCAUGUACAGCAACGCUUGGGCUCCUGGCCGUGCCUUUCCCGUCCCAGCGUCUCAGUGGUACCCAUCAGCACAAACACCCUCCCGAAAUUCUCGAUGGACAGGGCGCCAAGAUCACCCCCAGGAGCCUUUCAUCGAACCUGUCAUGGAUCCUUUCGUCAAUGAUGCAACCUGGCGGCACCGCGGUGCUCGGUCGUCCCGUGAGGACGUCCCCAUGCCAGAUUACAGCUCCUCCAGCAGUCGCGCAAUAUCCAGCAUGACCGGUAUGAGCUACGAACACAGCAAGCAGUCUAGCAUGUCUGCCCCUAUGGAUGAAGAGCAGUACAAUCUGCUGCUCGAAGCUAUGACUCCCACACGACCUCCCGUGGGUACUCGCGCCCCGUCAAACACACCAUCGACUAUGGCUGUCCUUCCAGUUGCGAAGGCCACUCCUGCAACGCAAGUUCGCAAGCCAAGUGGGAACAACCCUGGUACCGGCAUGCCCUCAGGUCUUCGGGAGCGUUCUCAGCCUAGCAGCCGUGAUAUCUCUGGCUCCGUCAUCAAUCCAGAAGAGAAGGAUCCUUCUCCGGCUAAAAUCGGUGCCAGUCCUAGUGCGAAUGUGAAGAGCCGGAAGGAGGGUGACAAGGAGAAGGACAAGGGGAACCACAAGGAAAAUGAAAGUACCGAGCUGUAG